AUGCCUUUCCUAGCACAAGAACACUUCCCUCUGUCCAACGAAGACAUCCUGUCAUGGACCUUCGACCAUGUGAAGUACGACUGGGACGAGCCCAUCUACAUUGACGCCUUGAAGCCAGAGAGAUCAGUCUCUGCGAGACAAGCCAAGAAGCUCGUACGACAGCUCGCCGCAGGCUUCAGAGCAUUGGGCUUGAAGAAGGGCGACUGUGUAUCCAUCCACAGCUUCAACGACAUCUACUACCCGAUCUUCUUCUUGGGUGUGCUCGCUGCGGGGGGAGUCUACGCUGGCACAAAUCCCGCAUACACACAGUACGAACUCGCGCACACCACCAAGAUUGCCCACGUCAAGUACAUCCUCGUCCAGCCAGAACUGUACAAGCACGUUCUAAAAGCCGCCGAAGAGAACGGCAUUCCCAAGAAGAACAUCAUCAUCUUCAACCCCAACGGCGAAGCAGCACCUCCCGGCUUUCUCCAAUGGCAAGACCUCCUCAAACACGGCGAAGCAGACUGGGAGAACUUCGACGACUACCAAACCGCCUACGAACGCGGUGCUGCCCGUCUCUACUCCUCCGGCACAACAGGCCUCCCCAAAGCCGCCGAACUCUCGCACCUGAACCUCACCUCCCAGCACACUCUCGUCUACGAAAGCUACCCCCGCACCUACGCGGUGCGCCGCUGCCUCGCACUCCCCAUGUUCCACGCCGCCACCGCCCCCAACGCCUUCUGCACGCCCCUCCGCAUGGGCAACAAAGCCUACGUCCUCCCGCGCUUCGACCUCGAGACGUGGUUCUGGUGCCAUGAAAAGUACGAAAUCACCGACUUAGCCGCCGUGCCUCCCAUCGUAGUCAUGGCGAUCAAUUCCCCUUUGAAAGAGAAGUAUAGCCUGAAAGCAGCGAAGGUGGGCAAUAUCGGUGCUGCGCCGUUGGAUAAGGCGCCGCAGGCGAGGAUGCAGACUCUUCUGGCUGAGGGGGCGCCGUUUACGCAGGUUUGGGGCAUGACGGAGACGAGUUGUAUCGCGACAAGACAUCCUUUCCCCAACGACGAUGAGACCGGUUCGGUAGGGUUCCCGAUCCCGAACCUCGACAUCAAACUCGUCGAUGAUGACGGAAAGGACAUCACAGCCUACAACGUUCGCGGGGAGAUUUGCAUCAGGGGACCUACAGUCAUCAAGGGAUACUACGAAAACCCCGAAGCGAACGCACGAGACUGGGACAGCGAGGGCUUCUUCCACACGGGAGAUAUCGCUUGGAUAGACCCCGAGACGGGGAAGUACUACAUAGUCGACCGGAAGAAGGAGCUCAUAAAAGUCCGAGGCUUCCAGGUCGCGCCUCCAGAACUGGAAGGCGUCCUCCUCUCGCACCCGGAGAUCGUGGAUGCGGCUGUGAUUGGAGUUCCGGAUUCGAGAGGGUACGAGUUGCCGCGUGGGUACAUCGUGAGGAGGGAUGUCAAGAGCAAUAAGCCGACGGCAGAUGAGGUUCAGACUAUGAUGAAGGAGAAGCUUACAGACUACAAGAAAUUGGCCGGCGGUGUCGUGUUCGUGGAAGCGAUACCGAAGAAUGCGUCAGGGAAGAUCUUGAAGCGUAUUUUGAGAGACCAAGCUGAGGCGGAGAUGAAGAUGGAAGGCAAGGCGAAGCUAUGA